AUGGCAGGGGGUGACACCGAGUGUGACAAUGAGGGUGGCACCGGCCACCUCCGCCACUCGGGGGGGGCGGGGGGCAUUCCCCGGGAUUCCCCCUCUCCCCGUGACGUCAGACCCGCCGCCGGGGAUCCCCCGGACUCCCCGGAGCUGUGCCACGGCUACUAUGACGUCAUGGGUCAUUACGACGCGGCGUUUAAUUGCUCGACGGGCGCGUUCCGCUUCUGCUGCGGCACCUGCAGCCUGCGCUUCUGCUGCGAGCACCGCGGCCUGCGCCUGGAGCAGCGCCGCUGCACCAACGCCCGCAGCCCCCCCUGGGCCCCGCACCGCGCCCCCCCGCGCCCUCCGCCCGCGCCCCCCGGCCCGCCCCGGCCCGGAGACCCCCGCGGGGGUGGCGGCGCUGGCGGCGGGGGGCGCGGGGGGCGUCCCAGGGCUCUCGUGGACGUGCUGCGGCACCAGGCGGGGGGGGGAGGGGCGCGGCCCGAGCGCCGCAGCAGCUGCGGGGUCCUGGCGCCCCCUCCCCCCGACUCGGGACCCCCCCGGCCCCCCAAAAACCUCUACGGGCCCGGCAA